AUGAUUUUCGAUAAGGCUGAACAACAUUCGGCCCCUGCGCCUCAACCCACACAGCGUCGCCGCCGAAUCGUGGUAGCUAUGACCGGUGCCACCGGUGCCAUCUUGGGAAUCAAGUGUCUCAUCGCUCUUCGCCGCCUCAAUAUCGAAACCCACCUUGUCAUGAGCAAGUGGGCCGAAGCAACCAUCAAAUACGAGACAGACUACCACCCAGCCAACGUCAAAGCUCUCGCCGACCAUGUGCACUCAAUCAACGACAUGGCCGCACCCAUCUCAAGCGGCUCCUUCAAAGCAGACGGUAUGAUUGUUGUACCCUGCAGCAUGAAAACCCUCGCCGCCAUCCACAGCGGUUUCUGUGAAGACCUUAUCGCCCGAACUGCCGACGUCAUGCUCAAAGAGAGGCGUCGCCUUGUACUAGUCGCCCGGGAGACCCCGCUGAGCGAUAUCCAUUUGCGCAAUAUGCUGGAGAUAACUCGAAGCGGGGCUAUCAUCUUCCCCCCUGUGCCAGCUUACUAUAUUAAAGCUGCCUCGGUCGAGGAUUUGGUUGAUCAAAGUGUCGGGCGCAUGUUGGACUUGUUCGAUUUGGACACGGGUGAUUUUGCCCGAUGGGAGGGGUGGGCGAAGGAGGAGAAAUAG